GAAGUCUUCUGACCGGGCUGCGAGCCAUCGAUUUUCUGUUGCUUUCCAAAUCUUAACCGCCACAGGCACCGUGAGAUUCUUAAUUUCACAUUGUGGGCAUAUUUCUCCUUCAAACGUGUUUCAUUCAUAGGCGUCACGUCAUCUCUGUAUCUUACACUUCUUACCAAGCAUACGCUAUACUUCUUGAUGUCCUGGCCCUGUUUUUUUCUCGGCAGCCUCUUGUGAGACCAAUAUUUUGCUAGUUUCCACCACUUCAUGAAGUACUGGGAGUUGCCGGGCUUCUCUAAUUAUGUGUUAGCUGCCAGGGCGUGAGUUCUGGUUUUGCUCAUGUGUGUACCGACAAAACACAAUUCCUGCCCGGCUUUUCUUUGUACGGCGUAAGAAUAACUUGGUUCUUUAUGGUGAACGAUUGGCGGGUGAAUUGAAGUCGGUCAAGAAUGAAACACUUCAUGGCUGUGCCUCGAAUAAUUAUGAUUUGGACAAUCCUUUGCGGUCUUGCUCGUUGUCAAAGGCCAGCGUCUGUGAAUAUUGGUGCGGUUUUCACAUUUGAUUCGGUCAUAGGUAAAACAGCAAAGGUGGCGAUGCAAAUGGCUGUCGAUGACGUCAAUGCAGACCCCGUAGUUCUCAAUGGGACGAAACUGAACUUGAUAAUGGAGGAUGCCAGUUGCAACGUCUUCUUGGGAUCGAUUGGAGCGUUGCGUGCACUUGAGCAAGGGGUUGCGGCAGUAAUUGGUCCACAAUCAUCUUCCAUCUCUCACGUGAUUUCUCAAAUUGCCAAUGGUCUCCAAGUGCCUCAAGUUUCCUAUGCUGCCACUGAUCCAACCCUGUCGGCCCUUCAAUUUCCUUUCUUUUUUCGUUCUAUACCAAGUGACUCUGAGCAAAUGACUGCAGUGGCUGAUUUAAUUGACUUCUAUGGAUGGAAAGAGGUCAUUGCGGUCUUCUUGGAUGAUGAUUACGGGAGAAAUGGAAUAUCUGCUCUGGCUGAUGAGCUUGAAAAUCGGAGGAUAAAGAUUUCUAAUAAGUUGGCUAUUAGCAUUAAGUUUGAUCCGAAUGAAAUCACUAACUUGCUCAAUCAUUCCAAAGUGUUUGGUCCUCGUGUGUAUGUUGUUCACGUCAACCCAGAUCCUAGAUUGAGAAUUUUUAACAUAGCCUACAAACUGAAAAUGAUGUCUAGUGACUUUGUCUGGCUUGCCACUGAUUGGCUUUCUACUACUCUAGAAUCGUUCUCCCCACAGAAUCAGACCCCUCUGAGUGUUGUGCAAGGGGUGGUUGGACUUCGUCCGCACAUUCCAGAUUCUUCCCAGAAAAGAUCUUUUGUUUCUCGGUGGAUAAAAGUGCAGAAUGAAAGCGCAGCAAGCAUCGGGUUGAACCAUUAUGGAUUUUAUGCAUACGAUUCAAUUUGGGCUGUUGCACAUGCUAUUGACAAGUUUAUUGAAAUAUACAAGAAUAUUACGUUCUCGGUCAAUAACAGCUCGAGGCUAUUGAAUAAAGAAGCAGCUUAUAUACGUCUUGACGAGCUCAAAGUCUUCACAGGUGGAUCUGAUCUGGUCAACAUAUUAUUGCAGUCAAAUUAUACUGGUGUGAGCGGCCACCUUCAAUUUAGUCCUGACAGGAAUAUUGUUAGUAGUGGCUAUGAGGUUAUCAAUAUCAAUCAGAUGGAAAUUACCAGGGUUGGAUAUUGGUCUAAUGCUUUUGGAUUUUCAGUGGUACCACCUGAUCAAACUCUUGAGAAGAAAGGACGUGGUAGGGUUCCCCAAGAUCAGAAGCUUAACACUAUCACUUGGCCAGGUGGAAUGACAGCAAAGCCACGUGGCUGGGUGAUUGCUGAUGACGCAAGACCACUGAGGAUUGGAGUUCCCAAGAGAGCAAGUUUUGUUGAGUUCGUCACUGAGCUGCCUGGUAAUCAUCAAAUUCAAGGGUACUGCAUUGAUAUUUUCAAGAAAGCACUGGAGUUUGUACCAUAUGAUGUUCCUUAUGUAUUUAAGCCUUUCGGGAAUGGUCAAUCAAAUCCCAAUUAUGAUGCGCUUGUGGAGACUGUUGCUGACAAUGUAUUUGAUGCGGUAGUUGGAGACAUAGCAAUUGUGACAAAUCGUACAAGGAUUGUGGAUUUUUCUCAGCCUUUCACAUUAACUGGUCUUGUUAUAGUGGCUCCAAUCAAGAAAUCAAAAUCAAGUGCUUGGGUAUUUCUCAAACCAUUUACGGCAGAUAUGUGGUUUGUCACUGCAGCUUCAUUUAUAUUGGUUGGAAUAGUUAUAUGGAUCCUUGAGCACCGAAUCAAUGAUGAUUUCCGCGGUCCUCCUCAGAGGCAAAUUGUGACGAUGUGUAUGUUCAGCCUCUCAACCCUGUUUAAGACAAAUCAGGAAAAUACAGUAAGCUCACUUAGUCGGAUGGUGAUGAUAAUAUGGCUUUUUCUGUUGAUGGUGAUCACUGCUAGCUAUACAGCAAGCUUGACUUCAAUUCUUACAGUGGAGCAACUUUCAUCGUCCAUCACUGGCAUCGAUAGCUUGAUUGCAAGUAACUUGCCUAUAGGGUACCAAGUAGGAUCAUAUGCUUUCAACUAUCUGACAGAGAGUCUUUAUGUGCAAAGAUCAAGACUUGUUGCUCUAGGUAACCCUGAGGAAUAUGCAAGAGCUCUGCAGCUAGGGCCUUCUCUUGGAGGGGUGGCAGCUAUAAUUGAUGAGCUUCCAUACAUAGAGUUAUUUCUGUCAACACAAACUGAUUUUGGUAUUAUUGGACGACCAUUUGCCAGAAGCAGUUGGGGAUUUGCAUUUCAAAGGGAGUCUCCUCUCGCCCUUGAUAUGUCUACGGCUUUUGAAACUCAAUGAAAACGGAGAGCUUCAAAGAUACGAGAGCGGUGGUUCUGCAAGAUGGGUUGUCCUGAAGAAAGGAGAAGCCACUCCGAGCCUAACCAACUUCGCUUGGUCAGCUUCUGGGGUCUAUAUCUCUCAUGUGGUAUCGUCACUCUCGCUUCUUUACUGGUGUAUAUUCUGCGAACAAUUCGCCAAUACAUCCGAUACAAGCAAAGGCAAAAAGAUAUCCCUUCUGGAUCCCGUGAAGCAUCUGGUGGUAAAUGUUCCCACGUCAUCUAUAGCUUUUUGAAUUUCAUUGAUAAGAAGGAAGAAGCCAUCAAGAAAAUGUUCACUCACUGUGAGAAUCCAGAACAGCAGCCGACCUGAUUAUCACUGUGUGUUGUUUGAACGGAUAAUACUUUAGCACAAUGCUAAGAUUUCACCGAAAGUUGUAGGAUUACUGAAGUAGUUUGCUUUGAUCCGACCAUGGCUCAUGGCAAUAUAUAUGGUCUGUGUAUAGUAAAACUUAGUAAUAGAACAUGUAAUUGUAUCAUCCUCCUAGUCCUAGAUUAUCUUGGCAGCUGAUAAUGAUGUAACUGUAUGUUGGGUGGAAAAAGUGAAUUGAGUUCAAAGGAUGAACAUUUUAAAA